UAUUCAUACAGAAUAUAGAUAUCAUAUAAUUAACUUUUAUGAUUUUGGCCGCAAUGUUCGUUUGACUUUCCAAGGGUAAUGUUUGUCUUUAAAAUUUUCUUGACAACUUAACGUUCUUCAUUAUAUCCGUUCAUUCCACCAACUGGUUAUAUGUGAUAUGUUAAAAAUCAUCGAAAAUAGUGAAGAAAAUGUCCAACACCAACGUGAACGUGAGUUUUGCGUGCCAACGCUGUUUCUCGCCCAUUCGACUGGACAGCUCAUUCAACAGUAUUAGUGAACACACUAUCGCCGAACUGUCAUUACCUAUUAUUACAUGUCCGGAAGUUGAUCUAGAAUCUCAGACUCAACAUGUUGAUCAUAUGAUACCAGGUUUCCACUUAAAUGAUUCAUCUAAUGGCAAUAAUGGAUUUACACUGUUGGGUGAAGGAGAAACGCCAACUCUCAGUCAUCAAAUGAAAGUAGCAGCAAAUCUUUUUGAUAUUGUGUCUGGAAAUUCAAAAGUUAAUCAUCCAUUAUGUGAUGAGUGUACAGACUUAUUAAUGGAUAUGAUGGAAGAAGAGCUUCGGCAAGCCGAAGCAGACUAUAUGGAUUAUAGCAACUACUUAAAAGAACUUUCUACUGAAGAACCAGAAGAUAUGGAUGCACUGAACAAAGAAUUUGAAGAUUUGUCAAAAGAAGAAAAAAAAUUAAUGAGUGAACUAGCCAACUUGCAAGAAACUGAAAAUGCAUUAGAUUGUGAUAUUAGAGAAGCUGAAAAAGAAAAAGAGAGACUAAUUAAGGAAGAAGAAAGGUAUUGGAAAGAAUACAGUAAACAUCGUAGAGAUUGCAUUCUGAUAGAAGAUAAACAAAAAAGUAUUGAAUGCCAAAUAGCUUAUACCACCUCACAAUUGACCAAGCUCAGAAAAACCAAUGUUUUUAAUGCAACAUUUCAUAUAUGGCACCAUGGUCAUUUUGGUACUAUUAACAAAUUACGAUUAGGUAGAUUACCUUCCGCUCCUGUGGACUGGGCUGAAAUAAAUGCUGCAUGGGGUCAAGUUACAUUACUGUUAGUAUCAUUAGCUCGAUAUAUGAAUUUAAAAUUCGAUAAAUAUCGCCUUGUUCCAUAUGGAAAUCAUUCUUAUGUUGAAGUUUUAGGAGAAAAAAAGACACUACCAUUGUAUGGUCAAGGAGGAAUACGAUUUGUUUGGAAUACAAAAUUUGAUUUAGCAAUGGUGGCAUUUUUAGACUGCCUCCAGCAAUUUAAAGAAGAAGUUGAAAAAGGUAAUUCCGGGUUCCAUUUACCAUAUAGAAUGGAAAAAGGCAAAAUAGAAGAUUCGGCUACAGGAAAUACCUAUAACAUUCGAAUACAAUUGAAUUCAGAAGAGGGCUGGACUAAAGCACUUAAGUUUAUGUUAACAAAUUUAAAAUGGGGUUUGGGAUGGGUAUCUGCUAAGAUAAACCAUGAAAUGUAAAUAAAAUAAAACUUGGUACUCAGGAUUUGAAAAAAAUAUUAUAUUAUUUGUAUUUUAUAAACAUAAAUUUCAAUGAAAAUGUAACUAAUAUUUUAUAAGUAUUCAUGUACCUAUGUGUUUAACAUAUAUUAAGAUUUAUAUAAAAUUUUGAAUUAACAUUGUAAUUUCUUGCCA